AUGCUUCCGUUUGCAAAUGAUGUGUUUCUUCAGGAUUGCGAAACAUUCCAUUUCAGGAGUUCUAUCUGUUUUAAUUUGGCAGGUGUAAUUCCCUACGAGGUUGGAAACCUACAGACAUUGGAGGUGUUGAACCUAAGAUUUAACAGUUUAAAAGGUUCCAUACCAACCAGGAUCUUCAACAUCUCAACUUUAAGAGUGCUUUCAAUUGUUUCCAACAGUCUUUCAGGCAAUCUUCCAUCCGAUAUGGGUUUAGGUGUGCCUAAUUUAGAAGAACUUUACCUUGCUCUAAUAACCUCAGUGGACUAUUGUAUUGUACCUGACUCAAUCUCAAACUCCUCUAAACUCACUCAUGUAGAGUUUGCUCGAAACAGACUCACUCGUCCAAUUUAUAUAGUCUUUGGGAAUCUACAAUUUCUUGAAUGCUUAGUGCUGUUUGAUAACAAUUUAACAAAUGAAUCUUCAUCGGCGGAGUUAAGCUUCUUCACUACGUUAACAGAAUGCAGAUACCUGAGAAAAAUUUCAGUGGCUAAUAACCCGUUAACUGGUAUUCUUCCAGUUUCUAUAGGAAACCUUUCUUCUUCUAUAGAAAAGAUUUAUGCAGGUGGCUAUAAAAUGAUGGGAAGAAUUCCAAAAACUGUUGGCAAUCUAAGCAAUUUGAGAGUGCUAGGUCUACAAGAGAAUCCCUUGUCUGGAUCAAUUCCAAGUACAGUCAAAGGGUUGCAAAUGCUUCAAGGAUUAUCUAUAGAGGGUUGCAAAUCUUCCAACAGAAUAACUCCUUAUGUGCCUCACAGUUUGUGGAGCCUCAAAGAUCUCUUGGGAUUUAUUCUGCCAUCGAAUUUCUUGACUGGCUCUCUACCUUUAGAGAUUGGACAGGUGAAGGUUGCAACAUGGAUAGAUUUGUCGUUGAAUCAGUUCUCAAAUAACAUUCCUAGCAGAAUUGGAGAUUUAGAAAACUUGAAUCAUCUUUCUUUGGCAUAUAACAACUUUGAAGGAGCAAUUCCAUCUAACGGCCCUUUCAAGAAUUUCACUAGUGAAUCGUUUAUCUCCAGUGAUGCAUUAUGUGGAUCAUCUAGGUUUCAUGUUCCAGCAUGCCAAACUCCUUUAAUUCACAGAUCAAGGACAAAGGAAAAGGAGAAGGUUCCUAAUGGAACAAAUUUGUUAUCCUUGACAGCAAAAGGAAGGAUUUCGUAUUAUGAACUCCUACAAGCAACCAAUGGCUAUGAUGAAAUCCACUUACUAGGAAGUUUUGGAUCUGUUUACAAAGGGAUUCUAGCUAAUGGAAUUUGUGUGGCGAUAAAGGUGUUCAAUUUACAGUUGGAAUAUUCAUUCAAGAGUUUCACCAGAGAAUGUGAAGUCUUACGCAGUCUUAGGCACAGAAAUCUGACCAAAGUCAUCGGUGUAUGCUCUAAUGAUGACUUCAAGGGAUUACUUCCCCAAUGGGAGCCUUGA